GGGGAUGAGAUGGAGGGGUCGGGGUGGGGGUCAAGAUUAAGCUGCACCUCCAGAAGGUAUAUUGUUAGUGGGAGAGCCCGGGUCUAAUUCAGUUACUGACUGGACUCCGACACGUAAACGACUGCAAGGCUGGUGAUCGCAGCCAGGCACGAGUCUGUUCUGAGAACUUAGCACUUUUUUUUAUAGUAAAGAUCAACACAGCGCAAGUUGCUAUCCAAUUUGACUACCUCCACAACAUGGGAAGUCCUGUAGUGGUAGCAUCGCCUAGGAAAAGUCCAUCCUAUAAUCGCAGGGCAAACAAACCACUGGUUGAGAAAAAACGAAGGGCUAGAAUCAAUGGAUGUUUGAGCCAACUUAAGUCACUUAUCUUAGGGGCCAUGCAAACAGAGGGUGCCCAGGUAUCCAGAUUAGAAAAGGCUGACAUCCUAGAGAUGACUGUGAAAUACCUACAACACAUGCAGCACCAGCAGUUGAAUUCAGAGCCUGAAGUGGUGACCAAGUUCAGUGCUGGCUACACUGAGUGUGCCUCAGAGGUCAUCAGGUACAUUGGAGCCGUGAACUGUGUCAGCCCCGAUGUCAGAGCCAAGUUGGAGAACCAUCUUGUUGAAAGACUUAGAGGCUCUAUGGUCCAGGCACCUGCAGCUCAAAAUGCUGUGAUGGUCAGCCAGCAGAAUACUAAAGGACAAGCACAACUUUCCACAGUAAACACUUUCACGUCAUCAAAUGUAACUGCAAAUAUUCCUCCCACUAGAGACACGUAUUUACAGUCCACAGAUGUGGACAGUGUGUCAUCAUACAUGAGUGACAUUGACAUUGCAAACAAAGCUGCUGCAGAGGCUUUAAAAAGGCCCCAGCAAGCUGCGCCAAACACCAACAGAGUCUCUGUAACUGGAAUCAGGCAAGCGCUCCAGGCUGCCCCAGUAUCACCCAGAAACUGUUCUCCCAAAAAUGAGCUUCCAGCCGAGGAGCUGCUCAACGCCCUGAGAGCUCGGCAAGAAUCAAGGCACAGCCACGUGCUGCACCCAGUGCCGCUAAUGGCCAGAUCGCAGAGCACGUCACCUCCACAUGCCAGGCACUCCAAUGAGCUUUUGCGGGCAACAGGAUAUGCCAGUGAAAGAGAGCGACACAGCAGUAGCAGCGAGUCUUCUGUCCAGGCUCGGUACACCCCUCCAUCAGCAUACACCCAUCAAGCCUUCGGCCCUGCAGCUUACAACCAUGAGGCAUACAUCUCCAACAGCAUGGACAUUCAGCUUAACACUCAUACAAUCAAAAACGAAAGUGAUGCCUAUUUGUCGGACUUUGAGCGCCCUCUACACAUCCACAUUCCCGACUCCCCUCGCGUGCCCUCCACCCCUUCCCCUCAUUUUUACCCCCAAGGUGUGCCAUACCAUCCUAGCAGCCGCACACAGGAAGUGCACACCCCUCCCUCGCCAUCCAAUUACUCUGCUGACUCCAUGGACGAGUCUCCCCCCACCAUUCUGUACGGUUACCAACAGCAGACGACUCUUGUCUAUAAAAUGGAAACGGAAGAGAGUUUCCAUCACCAAGACAACAGAAACAAUAUCAGAUUCCAAGAGUACGGGUGUGAUGCACCCUACGCCCCCUUCGCGUAUAAACCAAGCGUGAGUAAUGUCAACAACUCACGUGCAACUCCUCAAGACGACUUCCAGCUCUCCAAACGAACCAUUCCCGCCACCCCCUCACCCCCCAUGUUAACGAAAGAGAAACCGCUAUCCCAGCAUGGCUCUCGCUCAAAUCACACCGGAAGUUAUUGUCAAGACAAUCGUUCACUUAAUGAGCAUUCAGUUCCCAGCGGAAUUCCAACACAUCACUCUUACACACGUGAACUGGCACAGUACAACAAUGAGAAUGUGGACCCCAAUGAUCUAAACCAAUAUUCCCAUCAUGCCCAUAGAGACGGUCAAUAUUGUGAUCAGGUCGAUGUUAAAAGCAAGCAGGGCUACCUCCCCGAGGUGUCUAAUUAUCAGCUCCACAACAGUGAGUGGUCAUCCAACGCCUGCAUUCAACCCGAACCCCAAGCCCAGGUCGCAACGCACAACAAAAAUAUGCAGCCAGUUGUGAAUGAGCCCGCGCCACACCUUUGUGUCCAGUCCCGCCUAAAAGACACCGCAUUGUCACAGCUGACCUUGAAGAGGAGAAUUCUGUACGGACUUGGGUCGGAGGGCGAGUGGACAGCUUCAGGAAAAAUCGCCAAACAACUACAGGAGCAGAACACUUGCGCCCAGAAUAACGGGCGCCAGUCGAUGGCGCUCCCGAGUAAGGAAAAAGAUUUAAUAGCUCCAUCAGACAUUUUAUGCAGGCGCCCUAGCCAAUGCGGCUCCGACGAGGCCUUGUGGCGCCCGUGGUAAAACAAAAAUUAACAAUCAGGUAUAUUUUGUACAUAUUUUAGCGUACUGUGUACAAACUCUCACAUGCUGUGUACAAACUUUACAGACACUGUGUACAGAUGACACUGGAGUAGAGAUGCAGAACUGAUGUCCGUAAAAAUAUGUUCGUAAUAUGACUCAAUGUCUAAGAUUAAUCUUUACCCCAAACCAUUCGUAUUUUUUAGUAGUAAUUAAUUAAUUUAGUUUUAAAUAGAAAAGGGGAGCUUAUUCCUGCAGUAUUAAGAUAACUGCAGUUUCUCGUACAUGAGCUUUUUUUUAAACAAGAUUUUUUAAAAGUAGUUUGCUUGUUUUUUAAACUAACAUAAAACUGUUAUCAAUUUGUGACACUAAAAGACUAGAUUAUAUACCAAUGUGACAGUAAUGUCCAAUUUUUAUAUGUUUAAUGACCAAUGUUGUUUAAUUUGGUCAUAUGAUUUACUAGGUGAAACGACUAUGAUUUUUGUGUCUUAUCGUUUUCCAUUCUUUGCUUAAAAAGAAGCUAUAAAACUGACAUUGCCUUGAAGGAUAACUUUUUUUUAAUGUCAUGAUUCGCAGUUUUUUGUUGUUGUUUAACCCUGGAGCUUUAUCCGAACAUUUUUUUUUAUAUACAAUUUUUUUAUACACAAUUUAUUUUACACUUUUAUAUUAUGUAAAUAUGUACAUUUGUGGAAUAAUUUGUUACCUGUUUCUAUAAUACCUGUUGCAUAACACACUAUUCCUUUUUUUCAAAGUUGACUCAACUGUUGUCUUUUACUGUGCAAAUAGUUGCAAAACUGCUGAACUGAUUUGUAUAAACAUUAUCUCAUACCCCCCUACCCCCUCCCGUUAUUUUUUUCCGAUCAUGUUUAAAUGUUGAUACAUUUUUUUUUCUCCAUUUUUCUGUGUUCAAAAUGUAUUUGUUAUGAUGUUAUUUUUACAUUUACUACGCAAUGAAACACAAUGCAAUAAAGAAAAGAAAAGAGUAUUUUGAACAGAAUU